AUGCUGGACGAAGAGUGCACGCUUCAGCAGCGUACACAAGUUUUCCGAGAGAAUGCUACGUUCGACGAAGCAGAAAGGAGAUGCGUUUUGCAAGGAGGGCAUUUGGUAUCAAUCCACGGCGAAAUGGAAAACCACUUUGUUACCGUGCUGGCAUCAGGCGGACGACAAAACAAAUCGUACUCCGAGUACACAUGGAUUGGCCUAAGACAAAAGGGCCAUCCGGAAAGUAAAGAGUGGACGUGGACUGACGGAACUCCUGUGAGUUACAUGAAAUGGUCUCCUCGCCAACCAGACAAUUCAGGAAAUGCUGAAGGCUGCGCUCAUUUAAUGGACGAUUUUUCGAAAGGAACGAUAAUGGGAUUUUGGAAUGAUAUCAACUGCCGCAAAAAGAUGUCCCAGUUCAUGUGCAAAAGGUCCACGGAACGCAAACAUGGCAAAUAA